CUGAAUAAGCCCAUUAAAGUUGGCGAGAAAACAAAACCUUCAAUUUCAUAUUUGCUCCCUGCAAUCGAACCGAGCAAGCUUCGCGAACACUGAAAUUUGCAGAGUCCGUAUAUUGAAGCUCGUUGAAGAAUGGAAGCUAGAAAUGUCCCGGAAAGUAAGGGCACGGUGACCUUCGAGAGAGAGCGAUUUCGGGGAAUCCGAAUGGAGAAUCCGUUUACUUUGAAGGUGGGUCAAGUAUUUACAGGUUUCGGCAUCGGUUGUGGCGUCGGUAUCGGCGUUGGCCGCCCCAUUAACAUGGGUGCAAUACCCAUUGUAAAUGAAGUAAUGAGUGCCACAAGAGGUGCAACCGACGCAUUUUCUGGUAUAACUAGGCAUUUGAAUAACUUUCUCAGGAAAUUGGGAGCUAAUAACAUUCAAGCUGGCAUUGGAUGUGGAGUUGGUUUUGGCCAUGGUUUUGGUGUUGGCCUUGCUAUCAAGCCUUCAUUUCAACAACAAGUUCAAUCUUCUGUUGUGCAAGCAACGGAGAAGAUGAUGAAAAAGUUAGGAAAUAAUCCUAGUCUUCCAAUUACUCAAGGCGCUGGACCAGUGUCACUGCAAUCUGCCAUGAGCAUGACAAACGCUACUGCUCAACAUCCUAUUGCAAGUAUUGAAAAGUUGGCAAAAGAAGUGCCCGAAACUGUCCCACGAAACCUGUCUGGAUAUGGAAAUGUGUCUAAGGGAUCCCCUGUUGGAAAUGCUGUAUCAAGCAGAUCUUUUGGAAGUCGAACUGAGAAGGUUAUCGACAGUUUCUUGCAAAAUCCUGUUUUUAGAGGAGGUGAUACUGAACUGCGCAAUGAGGUUGGGCAGCUACGACUCGAAAACCAUCUCUUCCAAAUGGUAAUAAUGCAUCAGAAACUCAUUCAAGAACUUAGGGAGGAGAAUGACAAGCUUCACCAAAUACUAGUUGAAGACCUGAAAGUACCACCUAGCAAGCUCCUAGCAAGCAAUAUGGGUAGAAAAAUUCCUCCAUGUUCGGAUUGUUUCGAAUGCCGAAGAAAGCAAAGGAGAAGGAGAAGUUAAUCGCUACAAGUCAUUUCCUUGACAUGCUUGAGCUAGAGCAGCAUUCAAUUGAUUCUUCUUAGACAACUUCUCUAGUUGCUGCAGUUUCGAGCACCCGAAGACGAACUGAACAAAAAAUCUGAGGCAACAGGUCGUGGCAUGCUUGUACACAAGCAAAUGACAUUGGAGAAGUAGGUGUUCUGUUUUUUCACACAAAUCUGCAGCAAAGCAUUGAAGCAGAGUUUGUUCAGACGAAUCAACAUGCUUUUGUUGGUAAUUUUGAUGGUCUUUUUGUUUUUUCAUCUCCAACAACAUUCAUAGGUAAAACUAUUUUAAUCCUCGUGGAUUGACUCAACGAAAGAAGUAGAGAACUUAAAAGAAAGUGAGUUCAAAUCGUGUUAGCUACCUGCUUAAUAUUUAAUCCUAUAAGUUUCUUUGGAUGAGAGUA